CUUUUGAUCGCCUCUCAUGUUUACUCAUGGCCAUGCCACCAUGGCCCGUAGCGGCAUUUCUCUGUAGUUCUGCCUGUUCUGUUAUUCUGGGGUUCUUUAUCUUGGUAUCUAAUGUAGCCUAUCUAUAGGUCCGGAUACGAACAACAAAUAUGUCAAACUUUCUUCUUGAGCGGGAGCUACCCAACUUAAAAGUGGCUGUGAACAAUACGGGAAUGGAUAACGACGACGACGACCUUAUGGAUAUGGAUGACCAGAAAGCCGACAUCGCCGAAACUGUAUCUGACCGGAACCUGAAUUCUCCCGAUUCUCUCUCCGUGAAAGCUGCAAAUGACGAUAUGAAAGGUGACAACGAUACUAAGGACUCUGCGAGCGAUGGAACCCAAUUGGAAGAUCUUUAUCGAAGUUUGGGGCUUCACCCAAGACGGGUACCAGCCGGUACACGCCUGGAUACAGUUCAUGUGCGUGGAGUCACAGACAUGAGCACUGAAGAUAUUCUCGACUAUUUCAAAGACUACAAUCCAGUUUCUGUGGAUUGGAUAAAUGACUACUCGUGUAACGUGGUGUGGAAGGACGAGAAGGAUGCAGCAUUGACACUGUUGAGGAUUUCACGUCCUGUUCUCAUUAAAGGGACAGCAUUAAAGGAAAAGGAAGCUGUUCAAAAGCCAAGCGGAAAAUCUCCCCUCGACCGACCGUCCCAAGAGUCGUCAGUUGCACCGAAACCAGAAGAAAUUGUUGUCAUGUCAGAGGACGACGCCUCUGAUGUGGAAGUUGAGAGUGGCAACUUGGAUGGACCCUUGGAGGAGUUGGACAUCUCCAAGUUGGAUGUUCCCGUUCCUCCCGGCAGAUGGCGUCGUGGCAUCUCGCACUCCAAGGCUGCCGUCCUGCUUAUGCGAUUCUCAAACAAGUAUGACAAGAAAACCACUGGGGCAGAAAAACGCAGCGAGUACUAUAAGAAGUAUGGCAAUCCCAACUAUGGAGGAAUGACGGGACUGAUAAGCCGGUCACGGAAAAGGCGGAUGAGAGAGCAGAUGAGCGACAAUGCGGAGGGACAGAAAAGUGACGGAGAAUUGGAAGAGGAAGCUGAAGCCGAUGAUCAAGAUGAGCAGAUGGAACCCAAGCGCAUGCGAAUGAAGAUGUACGCUGACGAAGAGGAAGAAAAGAUCCGUAAGAAAAAAAUAAGUAGGAGACGCACAAAUGUCCCAACACCACCCACCCCUUGGUCGACCCCGGGCAACUCGCCUACAUCAGACGAGGACCCCGCUCAGGGGAGUGGCUCCGUGUGGGACCGCCUCUCGGGGGGACGGCCAAUCAUCAGGCCCCAAUAUGUGGAACGUUCUCCUUCACCGGAAGAACCACAAGACACAAACAGGGGACGUCAGUAUGUCGACCUUGAUGACCCCCGUCUGCGCGACGACUAUGACGAAUGGGAAGAUGGUGACCCCUAUCAGCCUCCUCUACCCAGGUGGGCAGAUGAGGGCAAUGAUGAUGACUCUGGUAGAGUACGCGGCGGACGAAGUCUUCCCUCUAGGUUAGGACCCGUGUCCGGAGGAGACCUGAGGUCCAAGUUGGAGGCCCUGCGACGGAAACGCAAGACUGUUGAGACAGUGACUCCGCUCAGAAUAUCUGUAGUGAAUGACGCAGAUUGACUCUUAUUGGGGACUGUUCAUCUGAAAUGUCUGUUGGAUGUCUUGUAUACAAUAAAGGAGGCUGAUACAGCGUUGCUUUUUCUCU